GCUGCUGGCGCGAAAAUAUGAUUCUACUUUUCUAUUGUUUGAGUUUUUAACCCCAUUUUUAUUUUUCACAUUUUUUCGUUUUAGUUUUGAAAAUUGAAUUAAAAAUGCAAACUCAAGAGUGAGUACCUAUAAAUAAUACAAGUGAUGAAGGGAGGAGCAAACUCAACGGAAUUCUUGACCAUGAAGAAAAUCAGUAUCUUGGUCAUAUUCAAAAUAUUCUUAAUAAGGGAGUUGAAAGGGGAGAUAGAACAGGUGUUGGUACCCUUUCAAUAUUUGGGGCUCAGAUGAGAUAUUCACUCAGAGAAAGCUUUCCACUGCUCACAACUAAAAGAGUGUUUUGGAGAGGUGUUGUUGAGGAACUAUUGUGGUUCAUAAGAGGAAGUACAAAUGCACUGGAAUUGAGGGCAAAAAAUGUUAAUAUUUGGGAUGGAAAUAGUACAAGAGAAUACUUGGAUUCUGUUGGCCUCACCGAUAGAAUCGAAGGGGAUUUAGGACCUGUUUAUGGAUUUCAGUGGAGGCACUAUGGGGCAGAAUAUAAAGACAUGUUUACAGAUUAUACUGGGCAAGGUAUUGACCAAUUAGAGAAUGUAAUAGAAACUCUGAAGAGUAAUCCCAAUGAUCGUAGAAUAAUAAUGUGCUCUUGGAAUCCAAUUGAUCUUCCUAAAAUGGCCUUACCACCAUGUCAUUGCCUUGUACAGUUUUAUGUCGCCAACAAUGAGCUAUCUUGUAUGCUUUAUCAACGAUCUGCUGAUAUGGGUCUGGGGGUUCCUUUCAACAUAGCUAGUUACGCACUUCUUACAAAUAUGAUUGCUCACAUAACAGGUUUGAAACCAGGUGAAUUUAUCCAUACAUUAGGAGAUAGCCAUGUUUACCUGAACCAUGUAGAAGCACUUAAAGUACAAUUGCAGAGAAAGCCCAGACCUUUCCCAAUAUUGAAAAUUAAACGAAAGAUUGAUAAACUUGAGGAUUUCACCUUUGAAGAUUUCGAAUUGAUAGAUUAUAAACCACACCCGAAAAUAGAAAUGGCAAUGGCUGUUUGAAAGUAAAGCAAUACUCUAUUUAGAUAAAAAUGUAACUCAUUUUUAUUGACCAGUUUCUAAUACAUUUCUUAUAUUCUU